GAGCAGCAGGCGGCGGAUGCUGACGAGGACGAGGAGGUCGAGCAGCCGGUUGCGGCCCCUGCGGCGGCGGCUGCGGCGGCCCAUCAGCAGCACGAGCAGCAGCAGCAGCAAACGGGGCGGCAGGGUCGGCGCCUGCCGCGGCGGGGUGGCCUGGGGGAGGCGGAGAGCACUAGCAAUCAGGCAGCCGUUGUGGAAGACGGGGAGCUGGACGACAGCGGUACGAGCAAGGCGGCAGCUGCCGCUGGCUCUGCCCCCGCAGUCGGGGGCGCGGGGCAGCCAGCGUCUGACGAGGUCGGCCGGCGCCAGAAGCGGCGCCGGCAGCCGGCGGCGCAGCAGCAACAGGCGCCGGCGCGGCAGCUGCGCCAGCGACGCACGCGGCGCGGGGCCGGCGAGGCGGGGCCGUCGCAGGCCGUGUCUCAGAGCGGCAGCGCCGCCACGGGCGAGCCAGCCGCCGCGGGCCCCUCGGCCGGCGCCACGGCGGGGCGCGCGGCUCCCUUUCACUUGGAGCAGCUCCCCUUUGCUGCCGCGGCCGAGGCGCCUGGCCCGCUGCGGCGCUCCGCCCCCGCUGCCGCCACCGGGCCCGUGGCGCCGCUGCAGCUGGCCUCUGCAUUCCCUCUGCCCAUUUCUGCCAUCGGCGCGGCAGGCCCCGCAUGCACAGGGCUCGGCACGCCGGCGCCCGCGACCACCCCGCUCCCUGGCGCCGGCGUGCAGCCUCAGCAGCGGCGUUACAGCUUGCGCGACGAGACCCCCGGGCUGUCCCUGGCGCACCCGCACCCCGAGGCGAUGGCCGCGGGCGCGGCUGCGCGCGCGGGGGCGGCGGCCGCGGGGGGCGGCGCGGCUGGCGAGGCCGUCGGCGGCACCGCAGCGGAGAUGGGUCUAUGGCAACUGUGA